AUGCUUUGUCGAAGUCAUGGUUUGCGCAAUCAGCUCCGACAAGCUCGCUCUUUGAAUUGUCAGAAAAGGCAAGAGCUGCACGGAGAUCUGCGGCUGAAAGAUCCUACGGAACUGCUGGGGUUUGUACAAAUCAAACUUGCUCAACAGGAGGUGAAUGGUCUCAAGACUCUCAAAAAUAAACUACAGCGACAGCUAGGUUAUCGAUAUGCUGCUUUUAUGACAGAAAUGCGACAAGCAGGCACCUUGAAACCUGAUCUUGUGCAGAUGAUCUUCUUCCAAAAAGCAGGUUCUCGACAAUACCAAGCCUUCACUUCGAGCCUUCAAACAGUUAUUGAUAGUACCGGCUCUGUGGAAACUAAAAAGAAACAGCUAUACACCCUUUUACAGCUGCAGAAGGCUUUGUAUCCUCAAGUAGCCCGUGAAAACGGUAUUCUCGUGCCAGAGUCGGUGCACUUAUGGUUUUGGGAUAAUGUUGAAAAAACAAAAAGUUUUGAGCACUUCUACUUUCUCAUACAAAAUAAUGUCUUACUGGGGUCUCAAUCUGCCAAUCGUUUCUUGAACAGACUUUUGAAAGGGUCCGAAAUGGAGCUACAACUUGCAUCUUUCCAGAUAUUUCUCCACAAUCCUCAGCACCACAAAAUUUAUCAUGAAAGCUUCAUUAAACUGUACAGUUUUGCCCAAAUUAAUCGCAUUACAACCACUUUACUGUCGAAGAAAGACUUUAGACAUAUCAAGCUGUACUUCACAGCUCUUCUGGAGCGCUUGGAGGCAAAUGAACUUCAAGCACUGAAUUUGCCUCAAGAAAAGCGUACCGCCUUAUUUAUCAGGUUUACCAAUACUUUGCUAAAAUUCCUGGAGGAGUCUCAAAAUUGCGAUAUGUUUUUGCAAAGUUUCAAAAUGGUAUUGGAAUUGGUGCAUACUCAAAAAUUGAGCCUCGAGUUACUGCAUAAGCCACUACUUUUAGCGAUCAGACUACUGCGACGUCUCAAUGAGCAUUCCCAUGUGCUGCAACUCAUAUCGUUAGCUCAAGAACUAGAUCUGCGGAAAAGUUUCAAGUUCAAGCAAAGUCUUAUAGGUGAACUGAUCUCGACCCUUCGAUCCUUUAAUGACCCAAAAAUCAUUCUCAGUUACAUUACUACUGUUUAUGCUAAUCCCACAACUGUGCCCCUUCUCAACGAACUUGGGUUAUGGGGCCUUUUACAUCACAAUUCUUUGGAUCGACUUAGUACAACUCAGCUUGAAAGAGACUGUUUAACAUUGAUUAAACAAAAGUCACAGCUGUCUCAGUUCUUGACUCAAAACCUUAAACCCUCCUCGGUCGCUUUGACUGAGCUAUAUCGCGUGACCUUGCAGUACAUGCGUAAUACAAUGCCUCCACUGGAAUUCAAGCAACUGGUUGUUGUGCUCUAUCACAGAUACGUUGAUACCUUGAAAAUCAAUAGAGGGUAUUUCAUCUAUCCAGAUUGUGGAGUGCUUAACGUUCUCAUUCAUAAUCUACGAUAUCCUCUGAAAGAAGAUCGGUUAGCUUACCAGUUGGUGUUAGAUUUCUUCCAAGCGGGGCUGCACUUAGCGUGCAGCAAGUCUUCGCCCUUUGGGCUUUUAAUGUAUCAUAAUUAUACCCUCACCAUGACUGAAAUCUCAACACUUCUAGUCUUGAUGGAUCAACACGGUAUAAAACUAGACUUCAAGAUGAUUUGUUCCAUGGUGUUUCAAAAUUUAAGAUCAGGACAAAUAGACGAAGCGCGCUCGUGGUACGAGAAAGCUCUUGCUGGAGGGUUCCCUAUCUCACACAAACUGUUAAUUAAGCGGGCAGUCGAAAACAAUUGGAAGCUUCCAACAGAUACAGACAUUUCGUUUCUUGACGAGCCUCCCCAACCUCAGUAUCCCUUUGGCUCUGGCUUCGAUGACGUUGAUGACUUAGUGUCGAGCGAUCUAAUGGAAGAAGAAUAUGAAGGAACAUCAGGGUUUGCUAAUGAGCUGCUGGAUGCGGUAGGAACCUUUAAAAGACUAAGUAACUAA